AUACAUUAAUUAAUGAAAUUCUAUUAGAAAUUGAACAAGAUCAGCGUGAACAUUACAUUGCAAAUAAAAUCGGCAAACUUGUUGAGCAAGGAGAUGGCUAUGAUUAUGUAUAUUAUACCAAGAGUGUUUUAAAAAAAACCAAUGUGAAGUCAUUUUAUUACUGGUGUAAUUGUCGCAAAGAACUUGCUUCAAAAAGUCAAAAACACAGUGAUAUUUCAAAACAAUGA